AGAGGUUUGUAGCCUCUGUUGUAUCCGUUUUUCAAGAAAGUAGUUAUUUCAUCGAUUUAGGGAGUAUUAUGAAAUUUUACUAAAUUAAUAGAUAAACAAUUAUAAUGAUUUUCAUAUACCAUGAAAAGCGUAAAACACAUUAAUACAGAUGUAUAAUGUGGUUAGAAAUUUUAAAACAACACUAAAGAUUAUAGGCUUCAGUAUAUAAAGUAUUUACCAAAAACUCAAUAUUUUCGAAGGGGUUAACACAUGGAUUUUGAGAAAAUUUCAAAAAAUAUGACAAUAAAACCAUUUGCCAACAUGUAGUGAGCUUUCUAGUCCAAAAAAAAAACAUGUAGUGAGCUUUGAAUUAAGAUUGCACGAGUUCAUGAUUCGUUUAGGCAUAAAUGGAAAAUUAGUUUGUAAUACAAGGAACAACAACAACAAACAAAAGGAAGCCUUUACAAGGAUCAACAACAACUAUAAAUCUACUUAGUUAGAUGUGUGAUAUUUAUACCAUACGAAACUGUUUAAUAAAAAAUCAGUCUAGUAUUUUUAUUUGCAUUUUACACUAUACUGAAAAAGAUGUUUUAUAUUUUUUCAUUAGUCUGCAUAAUUAAUAAAAAUCACAUGUUUAGAUUCAUCAAAGCUUCUAAUACAUAGUUUAAUCAAAUCACUUGAAGUCUAGACUGAAGGUAUUUUCAUCUAUUUUAUAAUGUAAUUAAUGUAUUUUAUUUAGAUUUGCUCCCAAAAAUAUUUAAUAUGGUUGUAAACAGCUACUAGAUGUUUAAACAUUAUAAUGAAUCUAUCUCAAAUAAGAAUGUCUGCUGAGAAGUAGGCUACUAAAAAGCAAAUUAAUUUGUAAAUUAUUAAUCACAAUUUUGAUGACAACUUAACCAUCUCCUACUCAUCACAAUCAUACUUCUGGCAACUCUAGCAUACAAUAAUAAUACACCAUAAUCUCCUUACUUAAACUCCAUAACGCCUUGCAAAAUUUCUGAAUCUUCAUAACAAUGGCUGGAGGAACAGCUCUAAAUUCAACCUCUGUAGGAUCUAAGUCAGUUCCAAUGAGAAACCAUGAAGCAACAGAGAGAGGCAAUAACAAAAACAACAACAACAACAAGAACUUGAAAGCAUUACCCAAACCGGUUCAACCGGCUUCAUCAAUGAAAGGAGAGAUGGCUAAGAGGCCAAGAGGUAGACCAGCUGGCUCCAAGAACAAACCAAAACCACCGAUCAUUGUGACUCAAGACAGUCCAAACUCCCUCAGAGCUCAUGCCCUUGAGAUCAGCUCAGGUAAUGACAUCUGUGAGACUCUAUCAGACUUUGCUAGAAGGAAACAGAGAGGAAUCUGCAUACUAAGUGCCAAUGGUUGUGUGACCAAUGUGACAUUAAGGCAGCCAGCUUCAUCAGGAGCUAUUGUUAGAUUACAUGGACGUUUUGAAAUCCUCUCAUUGCUUGACUCAAUCUUGCCUCCACCGUCACCGGUUGGUAUAACCGGUUUGACCAUUUACUUAGCCGGGCCCCAAGGACAGGUUGGUGGUGGUGGAGUGGUUGGUGGGCUAAUAGCAUCUGGUCCUGUUGUUCUCAUGGUUGCAUCUUUCAUGAAUGCUGUGUUUGAUAGUCUUCCUCUGGAUGAUGAUGAAGCUGCCUCUAUGCAGAACCAGCAGUACUAUCAUAACGGAAGAUCUCAUCCUUUAGAUGACAUUCAAAGAUUGCCUCAAAACCUUCUCACUAAUGGACACUCUGAUUCUGAUAUUUACUGGGGUCCUGCACAGCGUGCUAUGUCCAAACCUUAAUAGUAGUAGAACAAGAUGACUACUAUUAUUUUUACAUGUAAAUUGUGAAGAGUCGUACAAACUGGUGAUUUCUUAUGUUUAUGAUUGUCUACUUCCAUGAACAAGUGCAAAAGCUCCAUGUUAGUUUUACAGCUUGUCCAAAUGAUUGCCAUUGACAUCAAUAUUCAUGAAUCAAGUUAUUCAAGAUGACAAACAACAGUGGUUUAUUGAAAUACAUAAACUUGAAUAUCGUCCCUCAUCUAAACUUCAUGGUUCAUCAUAUGGAAGAACCAUGUUCUGAUAUUUAGUGCUGCCAAAAUCAUGUCAAUCAUUGGUAAAACAAAACAAAAAAAAAAUCAAUGUGGAAGUCAUAUGUACUGAAAUAGCUGGUAUUGUUAUUGGGAGAGCUGAUCAUCAUAAUUAGGUAACUAAAUUUAAUAGACCAUUUCCUAUAUAUUAUUUACAAAGUGAUUUUACUCUUGUUAUUUUUACAAUCAAUUUCACUAAAAAAAUGUGACAUGUCACACUAAAAAAAUGACGUGACAUAUGGCUUAAUGUGACACUAAGUUAAGAUCUGCGCCUUAUGAGGGAUAAAUAUUAUAUAUAUAAAUUAUUUUACGUAUUAUAUUUUUUUAACAUAUUAUGAAAUAAUAA